UCAACAAUUCGUACAUACUAAAAAGUGAGAGACGACUCCGGAUAAAAACCAAAAUAUAAAAGGCAGACAAACAUGGCUUCUCAAACCUACACAUUUUUCUCAAUCGGAGCCCUAGAUUUUCUGCAUCACUCUCCUCCUGAAUUCAUGGCCAAUGCAGCAUCAGGGAUGGCUGUGCACGAUGAGUGCAAGCUAAAGUUUAUGGACUUGAAGGCAAAAAGGACCCAUCGCUUCAUCAUUUACAAGAUUGAAGAGAAGCAGAAGCAGGUAAUGGUGGAAAAGUUCGGAGAACCAGCUCAGACCUAUGAUGAAUUCACCGCAUGCCUUCCUGAUAAUGAGUGCCGAUAUGCUGUGUUUGAUUAUGACUUUUUGACCCCAGAAGGUGUCCAAAAGAGCAGGAUUUUCUUCAUUGCAUGGUCACCGGAUACUGCACGUGUGAGGAACAAGAUGAUUUAUGCAAGCUCAAAGGACAGGUUCAAGAGAGAGCUUGAUGGUAUUCAGGUGGAGUUGCAAGCAACCGAUGCUAGUGAGAUGGGGCUUGACGUUAUUAAAAGCCGAGCAAAUUGAAGUAUAAAAGUCAAUAUUCUUCAUAGAAUAUUUGUCAUUUAUGUUAAAUGUUUAUAGAUGUUCUGUUCUGGCUGGUAUGUAGAUUAAUGAUGAAUGACCGGAGAGGUUACUUUCCCAAGUGAAGGCUUGCUUUCACCAAGAACUAGUGUGGUUUCAGGUAAAUAAUUUUGUGGUGUUUGUGUGAUCCGACAGAAGUUAUAUGAAUUUGUACUGCAUUUCGAUUUGAUUUUAUCACUUUUCAUGGAUGUUGCUUUGUUUUCCCUAAAUAUGAAUAUGAUCAUUUGCAUUUACCAUGUAAA